CCCCUGCCCCGCGUCCCCAGCUCGCGGCGGCCGGGGCUCCGACCGGCACCGUCCCUCGUCCCUCCUCCGCGGGGCCGGCGGCCGGGGUGGGGGGAACCCGGCCCUGCGAUCGCCCCCCGCUGGCGGGGCUCGCGAGCGAGGGGAGCCGGGCGCUCUGCGUGGCUGCGGCCCGGGUUAAUAAACAGUUAAGUUUGGAAGACUCGGCAGACACGUUGAGGGGGAGUUACCAAGCCCAGGCAGCAAAAACAUCCCGGCGCAUUCCUGGGGAGUCCUCGGCUGCCAGCAUCUGAUUAGAACCAUAUCUCGCCGGGAGUGGCCGCGCGGCUCCGAGGCUCCCCGGCUCCCCGGCCGGCGGCUAUUUAAGCGCGGCCCGCCGUGUCGGCUGCGCGGCAGCCUGGAGGCUCGGCGGCGGGAAGUCAUGCUCGCUUCGCGGAGGCGCUAGCUAGCCAUGGUGUGCAUUUAAGAGGCCUGGGAGAAGGAAGAAUUCUCAUUCCAUCUGCUCAUUCUGGGAAAGUCUCCUGUGGUGUCUGUCGUAGGUUAUGUUCAUUUGAGACCUCGGGGAUCGCCUGGUGUCACUCCGUGUCUGCUGGUGCUGGAGUUCGCUGUCUGCCUUCUUGUCAUGUCUAACGAAGUAGAGACAAGCACAACUAACGGGCAGCCUGACCCACAGGCUGCACCGAAAGCACCAUCAAAGAAGGAAAAAAAGAAAGGCUCUGAAAAGACAGAUGAGUAUCUUUUGGCCAGAUUCAAAGGUGAUGGUGUAAAAUACAAGGCCAAGCUAAUUGGCAUUGAUGAUGUGCCCGACGCAAGAGGGGAUAAAAUGAGCCAAGAUUCUAUGAUGAAACUAAAGGGAAUGGCGGCAGCUGGUCGGUCUCAGGGACAACACAAACAAAGGAUCUGGGUCAACAUUUCCCUUUCUGGGAUAAAAAUAAUUGAUGAGAAAACUGGGGUAAUAGAGCAUGAACAUCCAGUAAAUAAGAUUUCUUUCAUUGCCCGUGAUGUGACAGACAACCGGGCAUUUGGCUAUGUGUGUGGAGGAGAAGGCCAGCAUCAGUUUUUUGCCAUAAAAACAGGGCAACAGGCUGAGCCAUUAGUCAUUGAUCUUAAAGACCUCUUUCAAGUUAUCUAUAAUGUAAAGAAAAAGGAAGAAGAAAAGAAAAAGAUGGAAGAAGCCAACAAAGCAGUAGAGAAUGGGAAUGAGACCCUACUGACCCUUGAUGACCAAGCUAACAAACUGAAAUUGGGUGUUGACCAGAUGGAUUUGUUUGGGGACAUGUCUACACCUCCUGACCUAAAUAGUCCAACAGAAAGCAAAGAUAUCCUGUUAGUGGAUCUAAACUCUGAAAUCGACACCAAUCAGAAUUCUUUAAGAGAAAAUCCAUUCUUAACAAAUGGCAUUACCUCCUGUUCUCUUCCACGACCAAAGCCUCAGGCAUCUUUCUUGCCUGAAAAUGCCUUUUCUGCCAAUCUCAACUUCUUUCCCACCCCUAAUCCUGAUCCUUUCCGUGAUGAUCCUUUUGCACAGCCAGAUCAAUCGACACCCUCUUCGUUUGAUUCUCUCAAAUCUUCAGAUCAGAAGAAAGAGAAUUUGAGUAGCUUGCCUACUCCAUUGAGUAAUGGGCCCCUGAAUGGGGAUGUUGAUUACUUUGGUCAGCAGUUUGACCAAAUCUCUAACCGGACUGGCAAACAGGAAGCUCAGGCAGGCCCAUGGCCCUUUUCAAGUACGCAAACACAGCCAACAGUGAGAACUCAAAAUGGGGUAUCUGAAAGAGAACAGAACGGCUUCCAUAUCAAAUCCUCCCCGAACCCUUUUGUGGGAAGCCCUCCCAAAGGACUGUCCGUACCGAAUGGCGUAAAGCAGGACUUGGAAAGCUCUGUCCAGUCCUCACCACAUGACUCCAUAGCCAUUAUCCCACCUCCACAAAGUACCAAACCAGGAAGAGGCAGAAGGACUGCUAAGUCUCCAGCAAAAGACUUGCUUGCAUCAGACAUCUUUACCCCUCCCGCCUCAGAACCUCCAGGCCAGACAUCACCUACAGGACAAUCUGCAACCCUACAGACCAACCCUCUGGAUCUCUUCAAAACAAAUGCUUCUGCCCCAGUGGGACCCCUUGCGGGUCUAGGUGGUAUACCAGUUAGCCCCGCUCAGGCAGGACCAUGGAACCCAGCAUCUUUAGUCUUCAAUCAGUCCACUUCAGUGGUCCCAGGAGCCAUGAUGAGUAGUCAGCCUUCAGGAUUCCGUCAGCCAGUAGUUUUUACCACAAGCCCAGCUGUUCCAGGUUGGAACCAGCCUUCAUCCUUUGCAGUCUCAACUUCCCCUCCAGCCCCUGUUGUUUGGGGCCCAUCAGCAUCUGUGGCACCCAAUACUUGGUCCUCAACAAGCCCUUUAGGGAACCCUUUCCAGAGCACUAUUUUUCCAGCUUCUGUGUCUACCCAGUCCCCUUCUAUGCUCUCCUCUCUUCUGGUCGCUCCUCCUCAACCACCUCCCAGAACUGGCCCUCUGAAGGACAUCUCCAGUGAUGCCUUCACUGCCUUGGACCCACUUGGGGAUAAAGAAGUCAAAGAAGUGAAAGAAAUGUUUAAGGACUUCCAACUGCGGCAACCACCUGCUGUGCCUGCAAGGAAGGGAGAACAGACUUCCUCUGGGACUUCAAGUGCCUUCUCCAGUUAUUUCAACAGCAAAGUUGGCAUUCCUCAGGAGAAUGCAGACCAUGAUGACUUUGAUGCUAAUCAACUGUUGAAAAAGAUCAAUGAACCACCAAAGCCAGCUCCCAGACAAGGUUCCCUGCCAGUUACCAAAUCUGCAGACAACGCAUUUGAGAACCCUUUCUCUAAAGAUUCUUUCAGUUCAUCACAAGCCUCUGAACUUGAUAUGCUGACUAUCCAGAGGAACAAAAAGGUUGGCCUUAGUUGUCAAGGACAAAGUUAAUAGCCAGACACGUCCUGACCUCUGCUCUCAUUCCAGCUUUGACAUACUAUCUGUUACCUUAUUGCUUGCUGCCUCUUCCACUUGUAAAAUGCCUUUCACUUUUCUGUUUAGAUUAAAGCUAAACUGAAUUUAUGGCUUUAAAUAAAUUAAGAAUCUAAAUUCUCUAGCUUAAAUGUAAAUAAAGUAGUUUCCCUACUUGAACCAUUGCCUAGUGUGUUCUAGAACCUUCUAGAACACUACCAUGGACCCUCUGGUUGAGAGAUGCAGCCACCACAACUCCUCAGAUGACACUGUUUUGAAUAAAUUUUAAAAUCCUUACUGUUCAGAGUUGUUGGGGCUUCUAUUUUAUAGCACAAAACCUAAAGGUUAUAGUAUAACAAGGCACCUUCUUAAAUCUUGCUUCAUAUCAACAUUUAUAGAGAAUUUUUAAAGUAAAAUUGAAGCAAGUCCAACUUCUCCCUAGACAACUGGGAAUCUGAUACACUUAAGGACCUUUUUAAAAAUAUAAGUUCUCUUUCUGAAGAUUAUUUUCUCUCAAGGGCAAGAUUGUUGUUGUUGUUGUUUUUCCAAUCUCUUGCUAGAUAGUGCAAAUGAGGGGAAAACAUUAUUUGUCUCUCCUCUCCUCUUCCCUCUGAUUCUUUUUUUCAGUCAGUUUUGCUCCCAGGUUCAUAUAACAUUACUUCCCUUCCACAAGCAACAGAGUUUUAUGGGGCAAAAAAAAAAAAAUCUAAGGAUUCAUGGAUCUGAAACAUCUCUGCCUUCUCAGUAAUCGCUAAAUCCCGUAACGAAUCGCAAAUGGACACAACCUUUAUCCUUUCUGUGGAAUAGGAGGCCAUCCUCUUGAGCUGAAGUUCCAGAAGAGCAGUUCAUGUUGAAGAAGAUGAAAGAAAAACUGAAGAAAAACUGAACUCAACUCAGCAAUGAAGGACUGUAUUCUGAAGAGCCAACACAUCAGAAAGUUCAAUGUGAUUGUGCCAAAUAUAUUAGGUGCUUAUAUGGGGUCAUACUAGACCUUUAUCAAGUAACUGGAAAACUUGCUUGAAGCUACAAUCUCAUAGUUAGUUGGAAGAUAAAUGGUGAGGGGGUGGGAGGAGAGAAGCUGUAGAACAAGUAUUUGGUGUUACCAUUGAAAAAUCUAAUGUCUGCAGUUUUUUCCUCCUCAUAACCUUGGAAACUCUCCCAGUUCAUUUCCAGUCAUAUUGUUAGCACAGUUCUGAAGGAUUUGUUCUUGCCAAAAUGAGUUUCAUUUUGUUAUGUUUAUGUUGGGUUUUUAAAUGUUGUCUCUUGACCCUUAGUGCUCAGGUUCUUGUGGGUGUUAAUCAACCAUACAAGGUUACCUUUAGGUAGAAGAGGAGGAUGACUGCUCAGGAUCAAAACAAGAUGGUGGCCUCACGAACCUUUAUUGAUUAGUCCCACGUAGUCCGAGCUAAAGUCUUGUGGUUUUAUGUUUAAUGGUAAUAGCUGAUCAUGUAUGGCAUGAUUUUCCAUCUGGCUUCCUACUCAGUCAUUAUAAACACAGACUUAAAAAUAGUAUUUUAUAUGUCCCAAUACCUGAAUGUGCUCAACUGGAGGCAAUUAUUUCUAGAUAGUUGAAAUUUUGAAAGUAGACAAAUUUUGAAAAGGAUGAUCAGCCACACAACUGUUUUGUACAUACUUAUUUUCUUGUGCACUUUUCUGUAUGCAAAUAAAGCUAUAAAUUUACUCAUUUCAAUAAACUGGAAUGGCAGAA